UAUCGCUACUGCAAGAAUAAACCUUAUCCCAAGUCACGCUUCUGUCGAGGUGUUCCUGAUCCAAAAAUUAGGAUCUUUGACUUGGGGAGGAAGAAAGCUGAUGUUGAUGAGUUUCCAGUCUGCAUUCAUCUUGUUUCGAAAGAGCAUGAACAGCUGUCCUCUGAAGCUCUGGAAGCAGGUCGAAUCUGCGCCAACAAGUAUUUGGUGAAGAACUGUGGGAAAGAUCAGUUCCAUGUCCGUAUCCGUCUACACCCUUUCCAUGUGAUCCGCAUCAACAAAAUGUUGUCAUGUGCUGGUGCUGAUAGGUUGCAGACUGGGAUGAGAGGAGCAUUUGGUAAGCCACAGGGAACUGUGGCUCGUGUGGACAUUGGACAAAUUAUCAUGAGCAUUCGCUCUCAUGAACGAAACAAGGAAGCUGUCAUUGAAGCCCUGAGGAGAGCCAAGUUCAAGUUUCCUGGCCGUCAACACAUUGUUAUGUCCAACAAAUGGGGCUUCACGAAAUUUGAACGAGGAACGUUUGAGACCCUGAGGGCAGAAGGGAGGUUGACUAAUGAUGGCUGUACUGUCCAGUAUCAUCCAAAUCAUGGUCCUCUCAACAAAUGGAAGAAGACUCAACUGGAACUUGCUGGCAUUGCC